AUGCACCAUCCUAGUAUACCGCCACCCCAACCUCAAGGUGUAACACCAUCGUGCCGAAGGGGUGCAUGGCCCAGGGGGGAAAACAGCCUUGGCGGGGCAAGGGCGCACUGCCCCACUGGACAGAUCAACACGACCCAACUCGUGGGAAGGAAGGUGGGACAAAAAAAGAAAAACAAAAAAGGCAGAAGAGAGAGCAGCGGGGGCGAAAAAGAAAACAGAAGAGGCGGGGAAAAAGAAAGGGACGAGAAUCAAGGGGAGAAAAGAUGGAGAAGAGAAGUGGAAGAAAAGGAAGACCCCGGAUCUAGAACCAGCGCAAACAGAAGCAAGGGAAAAGAAAGAGUAGGUAAGAGGGAAACAAGGGAAGUAAGAGAGGAACUGCAAACCAAGAGAGAAGAAGAAAGAAAGAGAAUAGGAAGAGAAAAAGAGGGAGAAGAGAACAGACAGAAGGACGAAAAAAAUAAAGCGAAGAGUCAAAGGAAAGAAAACACAAGGGAAGAAGGGGAAUCGAGCAGCUCUGACAGCGGCUCCGAUGAUGAAUCGGAGGAAGAGGAGCAAACACCCAACUGUAAUGCAAGAACAAAGUUGGAACGCCUCCAGGAUAGUGUAGCGGCCCUUGAAAAACUCAUGGUUGAGGUGCCAAAUACAAGGGUUGCCAUAAAGCAGGAGGUCGACAACCUGAGAAACCGGUUGUUCGAUUAUACCGAGGAACUGGAGGAAAGCAAGAAGAAAGAAGAGGUUCCAAGGAAGUCUGUUUGCACGACAUCCAGAGGUGUGCAGACGAACAUGGAGCCCUUGAAAGUCAAGAAAAUGGCGACAAUGAGUGUUCAAGUGGACCUAGAGAACCCAGAAGCCAUUAAAAGGAGGGUGGACGCCAUCACGGAAAAAAUGGCAAUAUGCGAGUACGAGGAAAUAACAGAGUUCUUAAAUGAGGACUGGCCGGAGGAAGUCUUCCAAAGAACUGAAGUGAAAGAGGGGGACAUCUCUGAUAUAGCAGCAGACGUGGCAGUAUUUGUUACCAACAACGACGAGGACAAAAAAGCCAUGGAAACGGUGAAAGGUAUGUUUCCUGACCUACCAGGUGUUCCAGCGGAGGUAGAUGAGGAUGGAGGCCUGGGAACUGUGAGAGUCACGAUGUCUGCUCAUGUAGAUGGAACGUGGAUUGACAAGGAGAAAUAUGGAUUCAAACUUCUCCCAAACAAGAAGGAAGAACUCGAGUCGGUGAAGUUCCUCAAGACAUGCAGGAAACUGGUACAGAAGAUGGAGGAGCUAGGAAGAGAAAGAGUGGGAAUCCACACGCCAACAUCACUAGGAGUUGAGACAUCGAGGAGAAUCCUGGAGUGGGCAGCAAGAGGAAGGGGUGUGACGAUCACGCUCCUAGGCAAAAAAUCCAGAAGAGGGUGGGCAAACAUUAACACCAAGCCCAGAGAACAAUGUGGAGUAGUACUUAUCAGCAAAAACAAGGAAAAAUCAUUUGCGGGCCUUAUGGCAGAAGUGAAAAGUAACCUCACAGGAAGAAAAUCCAUCGACAUAAAAAGGAUCAGACAGACCAGAAAUCAAGGAAUAUCACUGGAACUGGGAGGAGGAAGGGAAAUGGCGGAGGAAGUGAAGAAACUCCUCUCUGGUAGCACAUGUGUGUCGAGAGCAGUGGCAAAAGGGGGCGUCGUAAAGAGAAGAAUCUUGAUGCAAGAAAUCCCACCCAACACAACGGAGGAUGUGAUCCAAAAGGCCACAGAGGAAGCCGCAGGUAAAGAGCGGGCAUGUGACAUAGUAAAAACCUGGACCGAGACACGGGGUGGAGAAAGAGGGAUGAUGAGUGCAGUGAUGGAUGUCGACGAAGACGCGGCCGAAAAGAUCCUAAGAAUGAGAAGAAUUAGGGUAGAGUAUACCUCCUGUCGGGUCAUAGAAGCAAGGACAGAAAUACCAAGAUGCUUGAGAUGCCUAGCCUUUGGACACAAGCAAUGGAACUGUAAAGGGCAGAACAGAAGAGGAUGUUGCUUCCGAUGCGGCAAAGAGGGUCACAUAGCGUCGGAAUGCAAGACAGAAACAAUCAGAUGUCUCAACUGCGAUGUGACCGGGUAUGUGGCGAAUUCAAGAAGAUGUCCAAAGUUCAACCGACUGGUUGAAAGUAGGGACCACUAA